GCCCCGCCCCCUCCGAGUAAGCGCGCCUCAUCAGCGAAGAGACUUUUAGUUGCAGCCAUGAGCGUCACGUGGUGACACAAGAUGGACAAACAGAAAGUGUUGUCCAAGCUGAUGUGGGACCUGCAGGUCUUCCUGUCAGUGCUGGACUCUGAGAACCUGAGCUACAUGGCCCAGGUCCAGAAGAAGUCCAUCUCACAACUGCUGUCAGCCCUGCAGACUCAAGACACCACAGCGGAGGACGCAGAGUACGUCAUCAUGAGCUGUCCGUCCUCGUCUCCUAGCAACCAGGCAGACGUGCCGCAGACAGGGGUCCUGUCGUCUGAGCCAGACUGGAUGAGAGAUGCUGUAACCACGGUGAUGCCCCGCCCCUCAGGGGGUCCCAUAGCUACUGACGAUGAAGAUGAGGACACGUACGAGGAGGCCCAUCCCUACAACACUGCGAGGAACCUCGAGAGGGCGGAGUCUGACAGCAGCUACUACGAGUCGUACGGCGAGGAGGACGAGGAGGCGGAGCACGUGAAGGACAGAGCUCACUACAUCCAAUGGAGCGCCUCGCAGCCCUGCCUAAGGCCCGCCCCCGAGUCCCGCCUCUGUGGCUACCUGUGGAGGAGGAGGUGGCUGAGCCAGUGGACCAAGCAGCUCUUCAUCAUCAGGAACCACUCGCUGCUGUGCUACAAGUGCGCACGCGACCUGCUGCCUCAGACCGAGGUCAACCUGAGAGGCUGCCAGCUGGUCUACAAGGUGAAGACCACCGGGAGGGUCCAGCACCAGCUCAAGCUGCUCCUGCCGGGCUCACACACUCUGGUGCUGGGCUACAGCAGUUCUCAGCAGGCCCACGAGUGGCGCAAGGUCAUAGAGGAGCUGAGUGAGGAGCAGAACCUCUCUGGGACCACAUCGGAGUCGCUUUGGUCCUGCAGGUCCAGUGCGGUUCUGACCCACAAUGACCAAGAAGAUCCUCCAAGUCACCACAACAAGGACAAAGACUUCCUGAACGUGCUGAUGAACUGUCAGUGGCAGAGUCUGCUGUGUCAGGUGGAGGCGGAGCUUCUCAACAUGUUUGGCGAGGACGAGGAGGCGGAGGCGGAGCCAACAAGGCGGCGGCCCCCCCAGUACACAUUGCAGCUGCGAGGCUGCGAGGUGGAGGCGGGACCCGACGGCGCGUGCUCGCAGAGGAUCACACUGAGCGUGCUCGGCGACCAGGUGGCCGUGCUGGAGGUGAGCUCGGCGGACGAGAAGCGGCGAUGGACGCGACUCCUGGAGGACGGGGCGGCCGGUUACCGCGGCAACAAGGAAGUCAGCCCGCCGCGGACCAACACGUACAUGGACCCGCCCCUUUACUCCAACACCUCGCUGCUGGAGCACAUGCUCCACAGCUCUCAGGACGCUCGCUGCGAGACCUACGCCAACGCCGUCCUGGCCGCACACGGUCAGUUAGCAAGCUCCGCCCGCUUAGCCGCCAGCUCAGCCUGCGUUGAAAAGCAGUGUGUGCGUGCAGAGACGCAGCGUGGCGUUCAGAAGUUGGAGCUGGCGGGCAGGAAGGAAGUCCACCUGAGGGCGGGGUCAGAGGUCAACCUGGCCAAGCACAACAAACGCUCGUCUUUUCGACAGUCGCUGGCCGUGUGUGGCGAGAGAGCACAGUUCCCUACUGGUCCUUGCUGGUCUCUUCUGCUCCCUGCUGGUUUCUAUUGGUCCCUGCUGGUUUGUACUGGUCCCUGCUGGUUUGUACUGGUCCCUGCUGGUUUGUACUGGUCCCUGCUUGUUUGUACUGGUCCCUGCUGGUUUGUACUGGUCCCUGCUGGUUUCUACUGGUCCCUGCUGGUUUGUACUGGUCCCUGCUGGUUUGUGAUGUUUGCCCUCACUGGUCCAGGCAAGUCUGCUGAAGCCGCUGCUGCUGCGGCGCUCAGCGUCGGUGAAAAGUUCCCUGAGACGUUCUCCUUCAUCCUUCUUCAUCCAACACAAGAAGGAAUGGGAGAGCAAAGCUGCUUGACAGACAUCAUGUGACUUCUGUGCAGAUCCCACCUUCUAAGUUAUUGACCAAAGUAACUAUUUAUUUGGAGGUACUCUAUGGUCACAUGACUUGAGUCAUGUGACUUAGCAACACAAGAAUAGAGCUGUAGAAAAGCACAAAUCACCAAUAAAGAUGUUUGAUCUU